CCGCGCUGCGAAAUUUAAAAAAUAUAGUUCCAUAGAUUUUUUUACUUUUCUAGUGAUUUUUAAAGACUCAAACACGUUGCGUUCAAGUGGCAGUGUUUUUAUUGUUGAAAGUUUGGCGUGUGACUUGAUAUUCCAUUACAAAGAACCAGUCAAAGCCAAGAUGACUCUAGAACAGCCAACUGGUGAGAUGUGGCAGAAGAUCAGGGAGGAGCUGAAUGAGAAUGCAGAUACCAAAGAUGCUGACCUCGCACACAUUAAGGAGUGGUUGAAGCAACAACCUCAUCUUCCCGAUGAGUUUGAUGACCAGAGAAUCAUGACCUUCCUUCGAGGCUGCAAGUUCUCUCUGGAGAAGACCAAACGUAAACUGGACAUGUAUUUCACCAUGCGCACGGCUGUGCCCGAAUUUUUCACCGACCGUGACGUCACACGUCCCGAGCUGCAAGAAAUAUUAAACAUGGUCCAUAUGCCACCCCUACCUGGUCUUACUCCUGAAGGUCGCCGAGUUACCAUCAUGAGAGGUCUCGAUAAAGAUGUUCAGACACCAAACGUGGCUGAUGCCUUCAAACUGGCUCUCAUGUUGGGAGACGUGAGGUUGGCUGAAGAGAAGGAAGGUGUGGCCGGCGAUAUAUACAUUCUGGAUGCGUCAGUCGCUACACCCACGCAUUUCGCCAAAUUCACGCCAACACUGGUGAAGAAAUUCUUAGUUUGUGUACAGGAAGCAUACCCAGUCAAACUAAAGGAGGUGCAUGUCAUCAACAUAUCUCCAUUGGUAGACAAGAUUGUUAACUUUGUCAAACCAUUCAUCAAGGAUAAGAUCAAAGAAAGGAUCUUCCUUCACUCGGAUGCCAAUGAGUUGUACAAGUAUGUUCCUAAGGAAAUGCUCCCAGCCGAGUUCGGUGGAAAUGCUGGCUCCAUGGCAGACCUCCACAAGGCAUGGGUUAAGAAAUUAGAAGAAUACACCCCCUGGUUUACAUCACAAGAGAGCUUGAAGGCCAACGAAGAGCUGAGACCUGGCAAGCCAACCAACUAUGAUGAGCUGUUUGGCAUCGACGGCUCCUUCCGUCAAUUAGUUAUUGAUUGAUCUCCAAAGUCUCUAAAUAAGUGGUAAUUGAAUUUAAGUAUAAAUACGUUUAGGUUACUUAAAAAAAAACAAAGAGAAAAGGAAAGAAACAGCAGGAAUAAUUUUCUGAAAGGCAUACGGAUAUUGAAAGAAGAAUUUUCUAGCUUGUCGUAAUUUCUAAAGAUUACUUUUCUUUGUUGGUGGCUGAAACGUAUUUAGAAAAUUGAAUCAUUUACCACUUGUCCACAGGGUCGAAAGUAGGUUAGUUAGAGUACCUCAUCAUUGUUAAAGACUCUAUAAGAAAUGCUUAUCUACCUAAAUAAUAGUCAUUUGUUAUUGUCAUAAUGUAUAUGUGAAAUUUUUUUGUAUUGUGAAUCUUGUACUGCAUGUAAAGUAAAAUGCUGAUUUUAUAGUAGC